GCUGUUUGAAGAAGAGAUCUGUGGCUCCAGUCUUUUACUAUUGGACGAAUCAAAACUUAAAGAAAUUGGUGUGAAGCUUGGACCAGCUAUGCGUAUUGUUCAUGCCAGAGAUGAGCUCAUCAACUUCAAGAGAGUUGAGCCAACAUGUUCCAGAAACCAGUCAACUGGAGAACCAACCAAACCAUACCCAUUUGGUAGAUAUCAUGAUGCUUUUAGAUAUCUAAAGGACAACAUUCUUGCGGUCCCAGAAUCAGGAUCCUUCAACUUCAUAGAACCCUGUCAUGAAUUCAAAGGGUUUUACAACACUCCAGAGGAUAAGAAAAUGGAAAAAUUUAUCACUGAGGUCAUUAGGUUUGCUGCUGCCUGCAUGAAUAGCCGCACUAAUGGUACCAUACAUUUUGGAAUAGGAGACAAGCCAGAAUUUGUUCAUGGUCAGGUGUUGGGAGUGGCUGUUGAUGACAAAGAGGCAUAUGCAAAAUCCCUAAAAGAAGCCAUUGAUGGUUACUUUGAACACAAACACAAGGAUGAUGCUCAAAAGUGCAUUAAGCCUCCUCGUUUUGUUGAGGUUCUAAACAAAAACACCACUUUAUCUUAUGAAUAUGUGAUUGAAGUGGACAUUGAGCCUCAGUUUUCUAUCUGUGGAGAAAAAACCUACAAAACGUACACCAUUAAAAAAGCAAAGAAAAUGACUAACGAGACCAAAUCAAAACAAUUAAAGGUUUUCUACAUCCGUGAUGGUGGUAGUUCCAGAGAUCUUUUUGCCCCAACUACAUCUUCCAAACCCAUGGUUGAAUAUAACAAGUUUGUUGAUGGAAUACCACAACUAUCGAAGCUCCGCAAGGAUGCAGAGGAGAAGCACUCCGAAGCAAUAAAAAGCUCAACUCAAGGCUCAAAGUUAAUGCACAUGAUAACUGGUGGAACUUUGUCAUUGGAUAAGUCCAAUUAUGAGCGUUACCUGGUCGUGACAAACAAAUCUCAUUCAAGCCAUCUUAAAAAUCUGGAUUUUCUUACAGAGCUUAAACCUGUAGCUGUUCUAGACUUUGAUCCUGAAUCAAAUGAACAUGGAUUACUGAGCUACUAUGAGCAGAAUAACACGGUGAGCCCUCAUUUACCAGCAAAAUAUGAAGUAAUGGGAAGUGUCAAAGAAACUGCUGUCAAAUUGGAGUUACCUAAUAACACCAGCUGGGUAUUCUGCAAUGGAGGUAUUGAGGGAGAGAAACCCUCAGACAUUAAACAGUGGUCAAUAGAGAAAGGGGCCUCUGUACACAAAGUGAUUUCUUUCUUGUGCCGCAGAGAUGUGCUUCCACACAAGAGGUUCCUUGUCAUUUUCUUACUUUUGUCAACAGUUAGUGAGAAAAUGGACCCACUUAUUGAGACUUUCAACAUGUUAUUGCAGGAGCUCAAAGCCAUGGAUCAAAUCCUCUGUAUCUGUGACAAUGAAAAUGCAUUUACUUCAUGGAAGGAUCUCAUUUCUGCAAGGUGUGGGGAGGACAUCUCUGACAGAUGUAUAUAUGAGCUCAGCUUUGCUGAAGUCAAUGGAACCAUCCGCAGUCUUUGGUCAGAAAACCGCAGAGCCAUUCGGUUUCUACCUUGUGGGGGUGGUAUUAAGGUGCCUCUGAUGAAAAAAUCUGAGCGCAGCCUGAAAUUCUUAGAGGUCCUGUGUGUGAACCAGUGUGAAGGAGGAAAUGAGGACAGAGCUGCCAUUGAGGAGGACUUUUAUAGAGGUGGAAAUGUCUCAUGGUGGAAUUUUUAUUUCUCUGAGCAGCCUGGAUUAACCGCAUUCAUCAAACGAGACAAGUUUGAUUACAUUGUGGACACUAUUAUACCAGAUUUAUGCUCACUAACAAAAGCUUGUGUGCUGCUCAAUCUCAUCCAUUUGCCUGGGUGUGGUGGGACAACUUUGGCAAAGCAUGUGUUGUGGGCUCUUCGAGACAGAUUUCGAUGUGCUGUCCUCAAGAAAAAGUCUAACUUUGCUUAUGUGGCUGAACAAGUGGUCCAACUUCUGAUGUAUGCCUAUGAUGAGCAAACACCAAGGAUCCCUGUACUGCUAAUGAUAGAUGACUUUGAUGAUAUGGAGAAUGUUAAUGACUUACAGCAGGCCAUUGAAAAUGAGUGCAUUGAGAAAGACAUACAAUCAGCUAAAGUCAUUCUCCUCAACUGUAUGAGAUCAAAUUCCUUUGAAGUGACAGAGACAACUCCUACCACUGUAUUCAUUGGGAACCGUCUCUCUGACAAGGAGCUGAAACUGUUUGAGGUGAAACUUAGAGAAAUAGAAAAAGAACAUCAGAAUUUUGAAACUUUUUAUGGUUUCAUGAUAAUGAAGGAAAACUUUAACCCAGAAUAUAUUAAAGGGGUGGUCCAGAAAACUCUGAAAAACUUCAACAUGGAGAAAAAGAAUGCACAACUAUUUGCUGUUUUGGUUCUGUUGAAAGUUUACUGUAAUGUCUCCUCUAUCUCCUUAUCUCUAUGUAUGGAUUUUUUGGACCAUCCAAAACCUGUUUGUGGAGGUGUUCGGAUUGAUGAUAUCUUUCAGGAAUAUUCCAGUUUCAUUUCUAGCUGCUUGGAUCAAGACAUAGUUGUUUACAAAGCAGUGAAAAUAACCUACUCUAUCAUUGCAAAGCAAUGUUUGGAGGAAAUCAGAAAUACACACAAUGUGACAACAGCAAAAAUUGCCAACUUUCUUUUGACCACAGACCAGCUUUAUGAGCAUACCCAAGGUAGAGACAAUCUCGUUAAAGAUGUUCAUGAUAUUUUAGUGAAAAGGUUUCCUUCAUUUGACGAAGAUUCUCGGUUCUCUCCUCUCAUCCAACAAGUGGCUGGAGAAACACCAGGACAGGAAGAGAUAGUGCUAGAAAAUGCAACAAAAAGAUUUGACAAUGAUGCUAUUGUCUGUCAGUUGUUAGCCAGAUACUACUAUUUGAAAAAGAAGGAUUUCUCUGUUGCAAAGGAAUGGGCGAAAAAAGCAAUGGCAUUUUCAAAGGACUCCUACAUGGCAAACACUGCAGCACAGGUUAUUAAGCAUCAGCUAAAGAGUGAAAUUUCAGAGUGCAAAGAAGAUCCCAUCAGCCCAGAGAAAUUGUUAAGUUCCCUCAAAUUGGCCCAGUCUGCAAUGGUAGCAUUUAGGGAAACACAAGACCUUGCUAAGAGGGAGUCAUUUGAGCGAUUACAAAUCAAAAGAAAUAACUGCCCUUUCAACACUUCAGGAUGUCUUGGAGAAAUCCAGGUUGGAGUUUUUGUCAUACACUUAUUACAGAAAACUGUGUUUUCCUCUGAUGGUAUUCCACAUGACAUAAUGAGCCAGUUUCUAUCUGGAAAUAUUUCACUGAGUGAGAUGGAGAGAAGUGAUCCCUGGGGCAUUAAAUACAGAGAAUAUUAUGAUAUUCUUAGAGAGUUUGAGAACAUGCUUUGCAAUCUCAAAGAAAGAAUGAAGUGGAACUUUGACUACCUUGAUAGAAAUUAUGUGAAUCUUGGGACCGUAAUUGGAAUAAAGAAUCCCCGUGAGAAGGCAAGACAGUUCCUUGAGAAGGAAAAAGCUGAUACCUUCUCUGGAAUUUUGGAUUGUCUAACAAAAGAAAUCACAACUGAAGAGAUAGAAGAAAUUGUUAGGCAACACAAUUUUAUUUGCCUACCUCAGCACCAACCAAAGAGAAUAGAAAGAAUCAAUAUGAUCUAUGCAAACGUUGUGUUGGGCUGUAUUAAACCAGAAUCUGAUGUUCUGUUAUACCAAGACCCGCUUAAUGUCCUUUCUGAACUUCUGUGUGAAAAACACACAGAGGAAGAGUAUUUCUCACUGCUCUUCAUUGCAGUUGUGCUAUUAUGGCUGUCACCAGAACAUGAACUGUGUAUCCAGCUUGAGACUUACAUCUCACAGCUGAAAGUGUCGUAUUUUGAACAGAUGAAGGAAGUUAUCAAUGGAAAGUAUCCAAUUGUCCAUUUCCUGUUGGGGUCUAAGAGCAGCUGCAGGAGACUUGUGCAAAUAAAAGCAAUCCAAAGUUGUGUCACAGGUUCAGAGGAACACUUUGCUUCCCUUUGGGGAAAUGGCCAAAUAUUUAGAAAACAGGAAGUGAGAAAGUUACUUCAGAGGUUCACUGGUCAGGUGAGGGGAAAAAAGAAGAUAAUGGUAGAUACUUGUUUCCAGGAUCAGAAGCUGGAAGUCAUCCCGUUGUUUCAGAGUCAGAUUAGUGGACUUGAACAUGGAUCAAAGGUGUCAUUUUUUAUUGGGUUCUCCAUGAAAGGCCCUCUUGCACUGGACAUUGAGAGGUUCUAAAAUGCCUCCUUGGACUCAUUCUCUUUAGUG